AACCUCACUUUAGUCGGGUUUUCAAAAUUGGGAAACAUUAAUAUUAUAAACAAAUUCUAAAUGGUCAUGCUUUAGAAAAUAACACACACAAUGAUCCAUAAAACUUUGACGUUGUUUUCUGGUGUGCUGCACAGAAAAACCAACUCCAGAAAGUGCCUGUUGAAUUUUGUGAAACACAUAAAUACUACAAAUGUGCUGCUUAACAAGAAAGACAGUGACAAAGAAAUUGUGCCCAAAGGAAUAUUUGAAAAUAUACAAGAGAAGAAUAGGAAAACGUACUUAGAGACUAUUAAAAUUUUUGUGAACAGGGACAGUAUUUAUCGAAGAGGUCAUGUGGACUUUAUAUACUCAGCAAUGAAGAAUAUGGAGCAGUUUGGUGUCUCCAAAGACAUCGAAGUGUACAAAGCUUUAAUUGACGUAUUACCCAAAGGAAAAUUUAUUCCUACUAACAUUAUUCAAGCUGAAUUUAUGCAUUACCCAAAACAACAACAGUGUAUCAUUGAUUUAUUAGAACAAAUGGAAGACAAUGGAGUCAUGCCAGAUUAUGAAAUGGAAGAUUUACUAAUGAAUAUUUUUGGAAAGAGAGGCUAUCCUUUACGUAAAUUCUGGAGGAUGAUGUACUGGAUGCCCAAGUUUAAAAAUCUAUCUCCUUGGCCUUUACCUAAUCCUGUACCAGAUGAUUUACAGGACUUGGCCAAAUUAGCAAUUGACAGAAUUAGUUCAAUAGAUGCACAAUCUGUCACUACCAUUUAUCAGGCAAGUGAUAUUGCAGAUUCAAUAGACAAUACAUGGAUUGUGAGUGCUCAAAGUCCAACUCAGAAAAGACUCCUUAAUGAAUACAGUGAGAAAGAACCAAUUUAUGUUGAAGGUGGUUUCAAAAUUUGGCUGAGAAAUAAGGCAGUGGAUUAUUUUGUUCUCAGAGGGAAUCCAAAAAUUUUCGUCGACGAGCCAGAGGAUUCAGACAAUGUAUCAGGAUUAAAUAUUCCGUUUUUUAGUUUCAAACCACCAGUGAGGAAAAGUUUGGUGGAACUGCCCACAGAUCAUGAACAAGAGGAUGGAAUAAUAUUCUCAGUAUGUGCUACAGGAACAUCAAGUAAAGAUUCACUUUUGUCUUGGAUCAGACAUUUAGAAAAGGAUAAUCCCAAAUUGGCACACAUACCAGUUGUAUUUACUUUAAAACAAGCUCCUAAAGAGAUUGUCGCCCCAGGUGCUCAAGAUGAAUCAAAAGAUGUUUCAAUUUCUGAAGACAAAUAAUGCAUUUUGUAAAUUAGUUGUUAUUUAUUGGUUUGUGGUACAAAAUCUUGGUGAUUAUUAAAUAUGCCUUUCUCUCAUAAUUAUUUAAUACAGAAAAAUAUCAUGUUGGCUUUACUUAUAUAAAAAAGGCAUAUUGAUGAUUAUGCCAAGACUUGUAACAUUGCUGACUUUGUUACCAGUUGAAAAUACAGUUUUUAAAUAUG